GAAUGAAACAUCUCUCAGUACUGUUCUAUCUUUCUUGUCAGAAGCAUCGCUAUAUCAACGAGAGAAGAAACCGGUUCACUAAAGGGGGAAUUGUUGGAUGUGAUAGAAAAAAAAGACUGCGUUAAAUUUUGUUUGUUUCAAUUUCACAAAAUGAUUAAACUAAAUCAACUGUCAGCUUUACUGGUCCUACUAGUAUGUACACUAAUCUUUGGACCAAUUGUGAAUGCGCAAGCAGAUGACGGAUGUCCCAAUAUCGUGAAACGAGCACAGUGGGGUGCCAUGAAAUCGACCAAUGUGACCUACCAGCUGAAACCAGUCAAGUUUGUCGUGAUCCACCACACGGUAACGGAACCCUGUCAGGGAGUGGCGGCUUGCAAGGAAAUUAUUCAGUCGAUACAGAAUGCCCAUCAGAAGGGUAAUAAUUGGAGCGAUAUUGGGUACAACUUCUUGAUCGCAAACGGUGGCAAUGCAUAUGAAGGAAUCGGCUGGCAUCGAGUCGGGGCACACACCCGAGGAUACAACGUCAAAUCCAUCGGCAUUGCCUUCAUUGGGGACUUCACCAGUGUGCUACCCACUAAGAAAGCCCUGACAGCUGUCGCCAAACUGCUCCAGUGUGGCGUCAAUUUGGGAGAACUGGACGAGGAUUACAAGUUAUAUGGGGCAAGACAGCUCUCGGCAACGGCCAGCCCGGGGAACAAACUUUUUAGUGAGAUUCGCACUUGGGAGCACUUUGAUAGCUCGCCGGUUGUCUAGAUAAAAAAGAGGGAACAAUAAAUUAGUUUUCUAAAAAAG